AUGGGCAGACUACAAAAAGAAACCUGGAAAGGCAGGACUGUUUACAACCAGAGUCAAAAGGAUAUCCUCCAAGGGGGGCCUGGGUGGCUCAGUUGGUUAAGCCUCCAACUUCUGCUCAAAAAGGAUAUCCUCCAAGCAUCAUUUGAACAAAACCCUUACUCUGAUAAAGCUACCAGGAAACAAUGGGGCAAGGAAAUUGGCAUUCCAGAGUAUAAAAUUCACAUAAGCAUUAGGUUUCUAUUUCAUGAUCUGUCAGAUUCCAGCGUCAGAAAUAAAAGCAUGGCCCCACAGCUGGAAUACUUACCAAAAGCAGCCAGAGAAGACUGGACAUCCAUCACAAGACCUCAAUCACAUAUCCUACUUCAAGCUUUUGAGAGGAACCAAUUCCCUGAUAUUACAACCAGGAAAAAACUGGCUAAAAUAACAGACAUUCAGGAAUCAAGAAUUCAAGUAAGUUCUGUCUAUGGCACCAAAUAUGUUCUACCUGUAAGUGAUGAACCAAACAUUUCUACCUGCUCCUCUCCCAUCCCAGGAGUCCUCUGUCUCUUGUGUGAACCAAGGACCAAGCGUCAUGAUGGUACAACCCAUAAAGACUAUGCAGAGAGAAUUCUCUACUCUCCUCGGAAUUACCGGCCAAUACCAUCAACUCUGCGAGUCUCAGAUACUCAGGCUCCUUUCUGGCCGCCAAAGCAAGAAAAGUGCCAGAAUCACAAAGAAUAGAAGCACACAGGAGUACUACAGUUGAAGGACUACUCUCAGCCUCAUCCUGAGCACCAAAACCACCAACUGCAGGAUCUGGGGCAGGUAGACAUUAUUCUGCAAUGGUGUGAUGAAAUCUGCCAACUGAUUGCAAAGUGGGAUCCUCGAGGAGGGACACACUGAGACACUCAUCUGCAGCACAGUCAACUAGACAACCAUCUCAUUCCCUUGGCCAACUCACCAGCAAUGUGCAGAAACCUCAAGCCUUUAGGCCAACUGUUAUCCACAGAUUUUCAGGAACAGGUACCUUUUCCAAGUCCUGGCCCACAAAAAGAGGACCCUCCAGGACCCCAACUGUGCUUCAGUGAGGAUGCUUUUCAGGCUGUGUUCCAUAUGCUACAAAGCUUACCAAGGCCUGAGAUUCCAGAAAAAGAAGUCAUUCUCAGAACCUGGUCCAGACCUCUCUUCUUUUGAUGCAAAUCAGUGCAAUUUAAAGGACAGUGGAUAAUGAAGUCAUCCUGUUUGGGACAAGAUUAAUGCAAGAGGAAGGAGAAACCACUUGGAAACACAAAAGGCAGUUUUUAACUGUUUUGUGGGCAGUGGUUAUCUUCUAUAUUCACUUCAUUGAAUAAAGAAAGCUGCAUACAGCCUCUGGAAGCACCAUAGGCCAGUAGACAGGUCUGCUGAAUCCUUCUGAACAAAAGCAUUUCACUGACAAACAUGACUUCCUCUCUAAUCACCAUGUCUACCAAUCUGGAAUUUGCAUGAACUAUAACCAUACCCAAGCAAGAACAUAUCGACGUGCUGACACAUUAGCACUCCUUUGCUUCCUAGCAAGAUGGGAAAGCCAGCUUGAAAUUAGUUUGUCAUGCAGAAAAUGAAAGGACAGUAUAUUUCCUGAUAAUGUGAAUUCAUAAAAGUGAGCUUUUCCCCAAAGCUCUGAGGGUUUCAACUGGGAACCAGAAACUAUCCCACUAUCUACCAAUAAGAGAACAAUUAAAUGAAUUACGUUAAACCCACAAUACUGA